GCUCAGACAGAGGAGUGGGGAGGGGGUGUUGUCAGAUGAGAAGGACUGGCAUAAGAACGGGGAUAGGGGAGCUGUGCACGUAUUACUGCUUGCAUUGAUGCAGGGAAGUCAUUGCACCGGGGUGAGACCAGCCCAAGCGACCAUAGAGUAUUGUGUACAUAUUCAUCAGAAAUGAACAGGUAACGCUUCUCAUAAAAGGACAUACAGCACAUACCGGGACCUUGUUUAGCUGAAUCGCGUUGAGCCGAAGGAACUGGAAUCAUCCUUGAUUAAGGAAGCCGUUCAAUUGAUCUAUCCCAGGAAAGAGAAGGGGCGAGAGAGAGAGAGAGCAGAGAAGAGGGUAAUGAUGAACAGGUUCAGAAAGUGGCUGUAUAAGCCAAAGAGGUCGGACCCGCAGCUCCUCGCUCAGUUCUUCUAUGCGGAUGAGGAGCUGAACCAGGUGGCAGCUGAGCUGGACAGCUUGGACGGCAGGAAGGACCCACAGCGCUGCACACUGCUCGUUAACCAGUUCAGAUCCUGCCAGGACAACGUGUUAAGCAUCAUAAACAAAAUCAUGGAUGAAUGUAUUUCCAGUGACCGGGCGAAUCGGGACUUUUGCGUGAAGUUCCCUGAAGAAAUAAGGCACGACAACCUGGCAGGGCAGCUCUGGUUCGGGGCAGAGUGUUUAGCGGCUGGCUCGAUAAUCAUGAACCGGGAGAUCGAGAGCAUGGCGAUGCGGCCCCUGGCCAAAGACCUGACACGCAGCCUUGAGGAGGUGAGGAACAUCAUGCGAGACCAGUCCCUGCGCGACCUCAACCUCCACACCGACAAGAUGAAGGAGUCACUGCGCCACUUUGACAGCCUGUUUGCAGAGUUUGAGCUCAGUUAUGUGUCAGCGAUGGUACCUGUAAAGACCCCUAAAGAAUAUUACGUACAACAAGAAGUGAUCGUGCUCUUCUGUGAAACAGUGGAAAGGGCACUAAAGCUUGGAUACCUCACACAAGACAUGAUUGAUGACUAUGAGCCAGCACUAAUGUUUACAAUUCCAAGACUAGCCAUUGUAUGUGGGCUGGUAGUUUACUCUGAGGGACCACUGAACCUGGACCGCAAGUCUGAGGACAUGUCCGAGCUCUUCAGGCCAUUCCGCACCUUGCUGAGAAAGAUCAGGGACUUGCUGCAGGCCUUGACGGAAGAGGAGCUGUUCACACUGGAGCGUAACCUGUGCAUCUCGCAGGACGGAGAGUUCCCAGUGGUGCAGGCCCUUCCCGAGGCGGUGGUGCCACCUCCCACUCCACCCCCUCUCCUUCCAGUUCCAACCACCAUUGCCACGAGCCCCCCUGAUCCCGAGGAACCAUCUGCGUCUCCCAGCGCAGUGGGGCUGGGCAAGGGAACGGGGGACCAGCUGCUGUUGGGGAAGGCUGAGAACACAGAGGCCGAGCUGGCCUGCUCCAUGCAGUACGAUGAGCAGGAGCUGGAGCAGCUCAACAUGAUGGUGUACCGAGUGGGCGAUGAGAUGUCCUGCCUGCUCUCCCCGCCCAGCCUGUUCCAGUCCCCCGUGCACAGAGGGGGGAGCAGUGGCAACUCAAGCACUGAGGCCUCGCCAGGGAGGAGGCCACCUAGCCGAACAAACAACAACGACGAUGACGAAGAGGAAGAGGACCGUGUUUUCUUAAUGGAUGAUUUAGAUGGGACCGGAGAACCCCUGGCUGGGAUGGAUGGUUACUCCUCCUCUUGUGCUUGGAGGGAUGUCCGCUCUCCUGAGCGAGACACCAGGAAGCCUUCUGUUCAGGUCCAGAGAGAAGCUGAUGCAGUGGUGGUGCAGAACGGAUGGCCAGGGUCCUCUCUGGUGGAGGCAGCCCUGAGAAAAAACAAAAAUAGCAACACUGUAGCGCUGCAACAGCUGUCAAUUCCACCAGCAGCAGCAGGCGCCGACAGCCACAGCGUUGCUCACCUACCCUCAGAAGGGUCUGAGGAGCCCAAUGGCUGGGAGGCGGGCACUGAGGAUGUGGAAACUGCGGAGAUGAUUGCCCAGAGGACUGGCGGGAUGAAAUUAUCUGCUACCGUCAUCUUCAACCCCAAAUCCCCGUCCCUCUCCGAUCUAACAGUGGAGGCUGCUGCAGAUAAACUCCAUCUGCUGCCCCCUGCCUCUUAUGAGGAAUCCCAGUCGGAAAUUCCCUGUGAGGGGCCUCACAGGCUAAGUGGGUUGGCGGCUACGAACUGUCUGAUCAACUCAUGCGUGUGUUGUGGGAGCUGUGAUGAUGGCAUGGAAGCUCUGGGGGACAAGGGCAAGAGGUUUGCAUCUGCCAUGGUUAUAGACACUGCCAGCAGCUUAGUUGUGAACAAGGAAAUGGGUCCUCUAGAUAGUAAACUGGACUGCACAUCGUCCAUACAGGAGGGGGUAAAAAACGACUGCCCUGGCCACAGGGACGGGGUCAAGGAGCAGAAGAGCCAAAAGUGUAUCAAGUGUCUGGCCCAAACCUCAGGUACUGAGAGUGGCCAGCAGGGAGAUAAGGAGAUGUGUAGCCACCAGAGGCUGACUGAGAGAAAGAGGCAGGCCAGCGGGAGAAAGGAAAAGACAACAGAGAUGAAUGACAGGACAGCGGGCAACAGAGAGAUGGAGGAAGAUGUCAACUUGAAGUCUAGCUUGAGUUCUCAGGAUUCCCCGCUCAGUUCCAUCUCUAGCAGUGACUGUGAGAGUGUGUCUGUCACCACAUGUAGUCUGUCCAGCACAUACACGGCAAGCAGUCUGACCACCAGCUCUUACACCUCGGGUGACCUUGACCACGAGGAGAUCCAGCUGGCCCUGCACGCAGCCAAGAUGGCAGCCCGGGAGAAGAUCCGCUCCCGAUUCCACAGCAGCAGUGACCUCAUCCACCGGCUCUUCGUCUGUAUCUCAGGUGUGGCUGAUCAGCUGCAGACCAACUACGCCAGUGAUCUCAGAAACAUCUUGAAGACGUUGUUUGAAGUCAUGGCAACAAAGCCUGAACUGGAGGACAAGGACAAGCAGAAGAAAGGUGGCCAGGGCCUGAGAAGUGCGGCACUGGAGGACUGCGCUUUGUGUCAGGAAAGCAUUUCAUCUUCUGAAAUCGCUGCCAAGGCCAGGGAUGGGGAAUUUGAAGACCCCCCGGACUGGGUUCCAGACGAGGUCUGCAGCUACUGCACUGCCUGUGAGGCUCCCUUCACUGUCAUCCGCAGGAAGCACCACUGCAGGAGCUGCGGCAAGAUCUUCUGCUCCCGCUGCUCCUCGCACUCCGCCCCCUUGCCCCGGUACGGGCAGGUGAAACCUGUGAGGGUGUGCACUCACUGCUACAUGUUCCACGUCACCCCCUUCUACAGAGACAAGACAGGGAUCUGACGCCAGCCCUGGCCUGGGGCGGCGGAAUGCACAGGGACACCUUCUAUUACAAACAAAUAACACUGCUUCAAAUGAUUCAUAUUAAAGAAGUACAUUGGAAAACAAUGGAAGCUUCCUGUGGACCCCGCUAAAAGCUUUAACGGACCCUUUUUGUACAGACUAUUUUUAAUUAAAAACAGAAAAGUCGUUUAAUAGGAAGCUGCUGAAAGAGAAGCUCUGAACAACCCCUAGCCAGAUGACUACAUUCUUCCACAUGUUUCUGUAAUACUCUGCAUUGAUAUUAUUGGUGUUCUAAUGCUGGACAGAGAAAGGGAACACUUCUUCUUCUGCUACACUGGGAAGGAGCAGGGCUCAGACAAUAAACCGCUUUGCUGCAUUGCUAUGUAACACUUCCUGGAGUGGCAGUUUACAUGGUAUUACCUUGAAACAGCAGCCAGGGCAUUGUCAUUAGAUACUGUGCACAGCCAAGGCAAUAUAUAAUUCUAUAAACUCUGAUGAAUGUGUGUGAAUAAAUAGACUGGUUUUCAUGGCUUGUAUGCCAAGCACUUUCUUUGCUUUGUUUUUUCUGAGACUCACUCACACUGUUUGAGGAAUUCACUCCAGAUUGGAUGCAUUUUGUAUCAAGGGCAAAAUACUCUAGUUUGGCAGAACGUGCUGUCUCA